CCACAUGUGCUCUUCCUGAAAGUGAGUUGACCAGACAGUAAGUUUUAGAUAGCAUUUGUACCGAAGACUGAAGACAGAAGGAUCAUUAAACUCAAAGAACUGCACUGGGACUUUGAUGGGGAUCCACUGACGCACAUCAGCAAAAUUAUCAGACAACACAAAUGGAGAGAAACUCGACUUUCCCUUUGGUCCUUGGCAAUUACAGCCGCACCAACAUCACUUGCUCCAGAGACAAUGUUUUGAAGACGGUGGUUUUUCCUGUUCUCUACUCCUUUCUUUUCCUGGUGGGGGUGUCUCUGAACGGCGUGGCUGUGUGGGUGUUCUUUCGCAUCCCCUCGCGGUCUCACUUCAUUAUUUACCUGAAGAAUAUUGUUGUUGCAGACGUCAUCAUGACCUUCACGUUCCCUUUCAAGGUAUUGUCAGACUCUAACAUGGCAUCCACCGGCCUGCGGAUAUUCGUGUGUCGAGUUUCCUCAGUGCUUUUUUACCUCACCAUGUACAUCAGCAUCCUCUUUUUCGGCCUUAUCAGCAUCGAUCGCUGCAGAAAGACCCUGAAACCAUUUCGGGGCACCAACUCUGCCCGGCUGACCCGUCGGAAAGUCCUUUCAGGAACCAUCUGGACCUUUCUGCUGAUUCUCUGUCUGCCCAAUGUGAUCCUAACAUGCAAAACCCCAACUUCUCCCUAUUUCAAGUGCAGCGACCUGAAGACAGAGGCUGGGCUUUACUGGCAUGAGGUAGUAAAUCAUGUCUGUCAAGUGAUUUUCUGGGGCAACCUGGUCACUGUGAUAGUUUGCUACACUCUAAUCACCAAAGAGCUGUACAAAUCCUACUCCCGCACCAAGUCUCACAGCACUGGAGGGAAUAUAUCUCAAGCACCAAGUGGGGGAACAACUCGGAAGCCCCAGCAGGGCAAACGAAAAAUGAAUGCAAACGUGUUCCUGGUUCUGGCUGUCUUCUUUGUGUGCUUUGUGCCAUUUCACUUUGCCCGAGUGCCGUACACAAUGAGUCAGACCCGAGGAGUUCUCUUUGAUUGCAAACUCAAGCUCUUCUUCUUUCAGCUGAAGGAAAGCACACUUUUCCUCUCCUCCCUGAAUUCAAUUCUGGACCCUCUCAUCUACUUCUUCCUCUGCAAGUCUUUCAGGAACACUCUGUUCAAGACGCUGAAGCUUCCUCCUGGUACCUGCAGCUGGAUAACAGGGAAAGGUUCAGAUACAGACUCAGGCAGCACUGCUCUGAGAAACUCCUCUGCCUGUACAUAAAACCACUGGACAUGAGAAAGACUUUUGAAAUGUGGUAUCUGAGUGUGCACUUUCUAUUGUCUGAAUGCCAGUUUGCUCCCUGGCAACACACACAGUGAUCGAUUUCCUGUAAUUUCCCAUAAUGUUCACUGGGAUUGCUAAAAAUGAAACAUAUACGCCAGAACCCAUAUAAUCACAAAUAUAAUUGCAAUAAUACCCGCAUUUUAAAGACACAUGAAUACCAUUGUACCCUACAGGUUUGUUUUUAUGUUGUCUAUGGAAAACAGUGUACUGAAGAGAAGUGCACACACUGUUUUGCUGAUGUUUUCAGACUUGUGUACCCACUGGAAAAUUUUCUCGGUUCUUCUUCCUGUUCUCUGCUAAAGUUCAUAUCAACAUUAGGUUUCUCUUCUACAUUUUUAUACUCAAUAAUUUUGUAAUGUGAAGCAAUCUGAAAAUAAACCCCAUUUUAAGGACA